GUUCGCACCCGGAGUCACGAGAAGCCGCCAAGCGCAGGAGGAAAAGAGUGGGGCCAGCUUGCUACAACCUUUGCUGCUGAUUCCGCAUCCACCUCGUUACCACUCCUCCUCCGAACCACCUGUAGUCGACCACAACGAAUACGGAAACCAUGUUCGCCCAACGCCAGAUGUUCUUCGCGCGCCUCGCCGCCAACCUUCGCGCCCCGGCGGUCCGCCAGACCGUCCAGCGCCGCUUCGCCAGCACCCCUGCCAACGAGUCCGGCAAGAACGCCUUCGUCCGCGAGCGUGAGGCCGUCAAGCAGCACGCCGCUGAGACCACCGAGCUCUGGCGCAAGAUCUCUCUCUACGGCAUCCCCCCUGCCCUUGCCCUCGCCGGAUACAACGCCUACACCCUCUACAACGAGCAUUGGGAGCACUGGUCCCACCUCCCUCCCCUUGAGGAGCGCACCGAGUACCCCUACCAGAACAUCCGCACCCGCAACUACCCCUGGGGCGAUGGUGACAAGACUCUCUUCUGGAACGAGUCUGUCAACUACCACAACCGCGACAAGGUCACGUAAGUGGCUUGUUGAUGCGAGCUUCACAAGCACCAUCUGUGCUCUUGCUUGCUAGACUGGCAUCAUCCCUGGAUCAUUGGAAAGCAAAGAGAAUUGGGACAGCUAGCGUGUAGUGAGAGCAGGUGGCAUGGGACUGUGAAUGAAGUGUGGAGAGGAAGAACAUGAUGAGUGCUAGAGGCACCACCACGUCCACUGAUCCUCAAUCAUCAUAUCAAUUUAACUGCAUUCUGAUAUCAGGCUCUGUAAUGGGGCGCAUUGACAUCCAUAUGACC